CCGCUCCGCCCCCAACUCUAUAAAAUGCAGCGGCCACAAGACGCUCCAGUGCGCCCUUAAUUUGAGUUGGGUGGUGUGUCUUGCGGGGAGAGGCUAAAAGGCGCCACCGUUGCCGCCGCUACCGUUGCCGCCGCCGCCGCCGCUGUUGUGCUGCCUCACGGUGAGUGAGGCCGAGGCCUGGUUGAGGUUCGGGCCUCCUCAGCGGAUGAUGCCUUCAAUUAAACUACAGAGCUCUGAUGGAGAAAUAUUUGAAGUUGAUGUUGAAAUUGCAAAACAGUCUGUAACAAUCAAGACUAUGCUGGAAGACUUGGGAAUGGAUGACGAAGGAGAUGAUGAUCCUGUUCCUCUUCCAAAUGUUAAUGCAGCUAUAUUAAAAAAGGUGAUUCAGUGGUGUACCCAUCAUAAAGAUGAUCCACCUCCUCCUGAGGAUGAUGAGAACAAAGAGAAACGAACAGAUGAUAUCCCUGUGUGGGAUCAAGAAUUUCUCAAAGUAGACCAAGGAACUCUCUUUGAACUCAUCCUGGCUGCAAACUACUUAGACAUCAAAGGCUUACUGGAUGUGACAUGCAAGACUGUUGCAAAUAUGAUUAAAGGAAAAACACCAGAAGAAAUCCGCAAGACUUUCAAUAUUAAAAAUGACUUCACUGAGGAGGAGGAAGCCCAGGUACGCAAAGAAAACCAGUGGUGUGAAGAGAAGUGAAGCUUUGUGCCUGAUACCUAACAACACUGUAAGGAUUGUUCCAAAUAUCAGUUGCACUGCUCUGUUUAUAAUUGUUAAUAUUAGACAAAUGCAGCAGCAAAUGAAGUUGUACUAGUCUGGUGGUGUUCUCUUUGCAUGUGUAACGUUUGAAUAUAGAUUUAAAUUCUAUGGUUUAAUCAGUGUAAUCUGAUUUCCUUAUUUUUCCUCUUCUCUAAAUAAAACUAAACUCCAUGCAAGUUCUGUAUGGCAAUUAGCACUGCAAACUAGACCUUCUGUGCUUCUGAAUGUUUCACUGUCACAUUAAAAUCCUCAGCAUGUCAGAAUUCAGAAGUCUCUGAACUUGUAAAUAAAAUUACUUGCAAAAGUUUUCUGAAACUGAA